GCGCUGUUGUGCUUUACUAGCGGAUUUUGGAUGCAGUUUUAAGGGCAUGAAAGGGAAACCUCGAUUAGAUUUACAACAAUUAGACAAUUGGACGAUCACUAAAUUACCAAUGGAUGAAAAACUGACUGACCAAGCGACAACAUUUGGUUGGAAGGCACUACCAUCUAAUAUGUCGAUAGUAUCAUCAUCAUUCUAUAGAGCUACAUUUACCAUCAAUAUUUCACAACCGUUACAUUCAUUUCUUUGUACAGAUAAUUGGGGACAUGGUUUUAUAAUAAUUAACGAAUUUAAUCUUAGCCGUUACAGCGAAAAAGGACCGCAGCGUACAAUGUAUAUACCAGCACAUAUUCUGAAACAAGGCAUCAAUGAAAUUUUAGUAGUUGAAAGUAAUCGAUGA